ACUACGACAUCCCUUACUGCUGUCACCACAUCCUAUGGAGCAGUGCUGGUGUUGGAUUUGGGGAGCUGUGCUCAGCAGCCAGGAGACGUCUGCAUCAGUCACUUCCCACUGCCUCGUUUCUUCCCUUCUUUGCCGUGCUUAAGACCGGGUGUUAUCUUUAAUAGGGCUCUUUUCUUUUAUAAGCCGGGCAGAACAGAGCUGGAUGGAGGCAGCGGGGGAAAGCUUCAGCUAAAGGAAUUCCAGUGGCCAACCCAGGCUCCCUUUCUUAACGACCGGAGCAACCAGAGCCCCGUCUGCAGCUGACUCUUCGGGAGGGCGUUCAGCACAGCAGGGCCGGUGCUGGGAGCGAGGGGAAGCUCUGGCCGCUCUGGGCACGCGAUGUGACGGAUCCUGGCUCCCGGAGCAUCAUCUGAUCGGAUCGGCUCGUAGCGCUGAUGGAGAUCCUCGAGGAGGUCUGCAGGAAGCAGGGCGGCAGUCCCGCCGAGUACGGCCUCAAGUUUCAGAGAAAUGUUUUGGAUCUCACUUUACAGUGGAGAUUUGCCAGACUGCCCAACAAUGCCAAGCUGGAGAUGGUGCCAGUCUCUUGUAAUAAAGUGGGAACUGGAAACACGGUUCGGAUUGCACUGCAGUUAGAUGAUGGCUCCCGUUUGCAAGAUACCUUUCUCUGUCAACAGACAUUGUGGGAACUUCUGAACCAUUUUGCAAAGACCAGGGAGUUUCUGGAACAACAUGGUGAAUUCUGCCUGGUCUGUAUUUACAUGCGAGAUGAGAUCUCAGGAAAAGAUGCACUGGAGAAGACAACGCUGAAGUCACUUGGCUUAACAGGAGGCAGUGCUAUUGUCAGGGUUGUCGUGAAGAAAUGCAGUUUGCCUGGUCAGGAGGAAGCAGUGGAUACCACAGCACAGUGUGAUGAGCCUGUAGUGAGACCAGACUCUACUGAAGGAGCAGUGGAUGUGCCCCUACCUCAGACACAGACAUUCCCGACUGUCUUGGACCACGGGGAUGAGGCCUUGUCUUUAAACAACUGCACUGACAAGCAAGACUCGAUUAGAGAAUCACAUGCCAGCACGGAGGAGCUGUGUCCUCCCUCAGAGCCCAAGUCUUCCCCAUUUGUCCCUUUUAUUGGAGGUGGACAACGUCUGGGGGACUCUGUGUCUGCACAACCUCUUGAGUUAGAUAUGCCAUCUUCAGAGCUGCCAACAACUUUUUCUAGCCCUGGAGGCCCUUCUAAGCCAAAGAAGUCAAAGAACAGCCAAGAACUGCAGAAGGAACAAGAGCAGCUUGUAGAACGAGAGCCUCUUCUGUGCCACCCAGACCUGCUGGAACCAAUUCCUGCUGACCUGGAAGAGCUUCCUGAUGAAUUCUUUGAAGUCACAGUGGAUGAUGUACGGAAACGUUUGGCACAACUGCAGAGUGAGAGGAAACGCCUGGAAGAAGCUCCACUGCUGACCAGAUCCUUAAGGGAGGCUCAGCUGAAAGAAAAGCUGGAACGUUACCCAAAGGUGGUGUUGAGGGUCCAUUUCCCUGACCGCCAUAUCCUGCAGGGCUUCUUCCGACCUACUGAAACUGUUGGCAUUGUGAGAGAUUUCGUAAGAAGCCACCUUGCAGAUCCAGAUUUACCAUUUUACUUGUUUAUUGCACCUCCCAGAGUCAUCCUGAACGAUGAAAGUUUGACGCUCUCUGAGGCUAAACUCUUUCCAGCUGCUGUCAUUCAUUUUGGAUCUGAGGAGCGCAGGGAUUGUUACCUGAAAUCGGAUCUGCUGAGCUCUGCAGUUUCCCCUUCUGCAGCUGAUUUAUUAAUGGCCAGAUGUCUGUCCAAACCAUUAGCUCCUUCUGCCUCAUCAACUUUAGAAUCAAUAGUUCCACCCCUACCUGAACCAGAAGUGGGCAGUGACAAAAAGACUGAACGACCAGAAGCAGCAAGAAUGCAUGAAGCUCCACAGGUGCUGAGAAGGCCCCCUGGGAAAAUACCCAAGUGGCUGAAGCUGCCAGGUGGGAAGAGAUGAAGCAUCCUGAGCUGCAGUGAGCAUCCAGUUGUGCCUCUUUCCUGAUGAACUACUUCAGAAUUUGUAAGAAAUUGUUGGUGGCCCUGGAGAGAUUUAACACAUAUGAACAUUAAUUAUAUCCAGAAAAUUGCUAUUACUUUCAGCUGCCAGCUUCACCUUUUGGAGGCCUUUUUGAAAGGCCUGUUUAUGGGCUUUGUGACUACAGAAGCAAGAUUAAAGGUUAAAUGUAACAUUUCCUGCAUGCAAAUAAUAUGAAUGGAGAAAGGAAGGGAAAAUAAUUCCUAGGUAAUGUCUGUGAAGGCCUGCGAUUCCACCCAUGUUUUUAAAUUCAAAUCCUCCUGUAUUUUGCCUUUCUGUUCUCAAAGGUAACUUCAGUCUGGUUGCUUGAACUCAAGCAGCAAAGUCCAAUUCAAUUUUACCUGUAGUUUAGUGCUGACUAGAACAAGACACCUCUGCUUUUUGCUGGUGAUUCUGGGUAUAGAUGGCUAGAAAGUGGGUUUAAGGGAAGCACAUUGCUUACAACAGUUCAAAUUGCAUUUUCCUAUGAAACUCUUGGUCUACUGCACUUACAUUGUUUUCAUUUGCCUUAGAACACAGGUAUCUGUUAAUGGAACUUUCUCUGCACAUAAUUUAUGCCAGCAACUGUGGAUAUAAUGCAGGGAAAAAAAUAGUCCUAUGUGAAUCUCUUUGUGUGACCAUCAGUCCACAAGUGUCUUCUGUGGUCUGAAAGCUUCCACAGCAGAGUGAGCUGUUCCUUGCAUUGCAGUUGGUGUACAGAGGGAAGUGCUGGUCCUGAAUUUGCCUCCUGCAGAUGCUGCAGUGGGAUGAGUGUUACUGUUUAGAGCUGUGCUUACACUGGAGAUUAUAGUGCCACAGUAGCCAUGGUGCUUUAUUAUCAUUCUUUUUUUUAAGUCUUCUCCAUGGAUCGGUGAUUCAUAUUGGGCGAGCUGGGGUUCCAUGUUAUGGUAACAGCAUAUUUUCCAUUUUCCCUGUACAGACAAUUGUUCUCUAAACUAUGUGUGCAUCUGCACAGUUUUGAGAUGUAAUAAAGUACAGUGGCCAGAGGAGGCCUUUUUGUCGGUCUCUUUGAUAAUGUGUUCCUUCCCCCAGUGCUCUGUUUCUCUGUCAGUUCACAGGAACCUGCUCUCUUUUCAAUGGGCCUGUCAUGCCUCAUUCCCUUCCUCUCAUUUUUUUUUCCCCCAACAAAGCAAAACAGAGCUUUGUACCAUCUGAAUGAACUUCAAAGUAGCUAGAAAGGGCACCCAGGGUUCCUGGCACUUGUCAUUGUCUCCCAGCCUGGCCAACAUUUCCCUUCAGGUCUAAUUACUUCCAAAUGCUCUUAGAUGCUUUGAAGAAACUUGAAGGGAGGGAGAAGCAUGAAAGGUGGAAGAGGAAAAAGGAGACUUAAAGCGGAGGGAGCAGAAUGCUUCAACAAAAAUGUUGAUUGAUUCCUUAUAUGACACCCAAACAUAAACAAGGAAUGUGUGCGGCCACUGGCAGUGAGAGAAUACAAGAGCGCUGUGUGCAGACAUGCUGCUCUAAGUUCUUCCUUUGAAAGGCAAGCUCUUGUGGUGCUUGAUGUCUAUAAAAGGUGUAUUAUAGCAAAACAAGGCCAAAAUAAAAUGAUGUGUAAAGCUUACUACUUCA